AUGCACAAACUGCACUUCAAAGAUACGCCGCAAGAACAAUCCGCGGGCAGAUCACAAAAGCGGGCGAGCAAACGAAAACGGAAACGUGAUUACCUUGACCAUGACGACGAACAUAAACGCGACACGUCAUCGAAACGACCUCACGCCAGUGCGAGCGGAGAUCUUCCGCCGCGCAAAUGGGCAUCGAGCGAUGAAGAUGACGCCGGUUCUAGUUACGGUCCUCACCCAGUAAACAGUUCGAAGAUACCAUCUGACUGGAAGGAAAACGCUCAUAAACCUGACUAUGACACCAUCUAUGCUGAAUUGGAAGAGCAACGCUUUCGGGAGAAAAUGUUUGAUGCACUAGGGGAUGACGAGAGAGUAGACUCCUUAGAGGCUCGGUUCAAUGACUUUGGACAUGUUCCAGACCGCUGGAGAAGUGCCGGAGGCUUGAAAGCAGGCGAGGGCAUCCGCGAGGAUGACUUUUUGAGGUUAGAUCCACAGAACAUGGAUGAAGAGGAGUACGCGGAGUGGGUGAGAACUGGAAUGUAUAGGAAAACCCACGCAGCCGAAUGUGCUGAAUAUUUGCGUAAAAAGGCAGCGAAGGCAGCACGACGUGCAGAGGAGAAAGCGCGAAAGGCGGAAACAGUGAGACUUGAGAAGGCUAUGAAAGAAGAGCGUCAAAGGAAGAAGCAGGAGCAAGAAUCACGGCGAUUAGAUUACGCGAGGGAGGAGUAUCAUAUGAGGUGGAAGAUACUGCUUUCCACCCCAGGCGACGACGACCCAAUGGGGAUCAGUUUCCACAGCAUCCCGUGGCCGGUCGCUGCUGCGUAUCAAUGCACGGCCAACAAAUCAGACGACAAGAAGCGGGCGACGUUUUCCGUGGAUGAUUUGACGGCAGAGGCUAUCUCGGCGUUUCUACUUAAUUUGAUCUCCGGCAGGCCUGCAGAAGAGAGGAAGAAGGAGAAAAAGGAAAAACUCCGGGAAGCGUUUUUGCGAUUUCAUCCUGAUAAAUUUGAAGGUCGGUUCAUGCGACGAGUAGCGAGGAAGGACGAGGAGAAAGUCAGGCAAGCAAUUGGACAGGUUAGCCGUGUGCUUAACGUACUACUCAGUGAGGGACAAUAG